AAUACAUUAGGAAUUAGAAAUUCAGUUUUGAAUCAUUAUGUAUCAUUAGUUCGUCUUUUAAUCCUUCUUUCAAAUGUAAUUAAAAAUAAAAACAACUUAUCUGUUUUUAUUUUAAACUUUUCAUUUUCUUUUUACACCGUAGAAUAUAAAUAUGGCACAUGCCCACAUGGCACCGGUGAAGGAGACUAUGGACGAAACUGUCAUUACGAUUACCAAUGUCCAGGGGUCCAGAAAUGCUGUUACGUAUACUACUCUUUGAGAAGAGUUUGCAUGGUUCCUCAAGAAUAUAGAAAGCCAGGAGCUUGUCCAUACUAUCCUAACAUUGGCGGAGCUGGAUCAUGUAACCAUGACUAUCAUUGCGGUGGUUCUCUGAAGUGCUGUAGAGGACAUUAUGGAAAUGUGGACACUUGCUCUUUUCCUGUAUACUACAGAGGAGGAGUCGGACCUGUUGGAGGAGUCGGACCUGUCGGACCUGUAGGAGGAGUUGGACCUGUCGGACCUGUAGGAGGAGUUGGACCUGUCGGAGGACUCGGACAUGUCCUUGGAGGCGGUCAUAAGAGAAAAUAUGUGUAUUAAAUAUGCAAACUUUAUAGAACACAUUGAAGAUAAGUUUGGGGCCUUGUAAAACAAUG